GAGAAUGGGUUGGGUUUUUUUCCCUUCCCCAUCUACUUCGUUGUCUCUAGCUUCAUUUUUCAUUACAGUGGCUGGCAGUGGCACAUGAAGGAGACAGACACUACUAGCCUGGAGACUGCUAAUAAUCAGCAUCCAUUUUUUCUGCCAUUCAAGGAAUAAAUAGCCAGGGACAUGGAGUGUACAAGAGAUACAUAUGAAGCAAUUCGAGAGAUGAGAACCUAUGCCAUAUUUUUCAACAUAAAUGGCAAACCUUGCAGUAUGAAUGGAAAGCAAAUGAAAUGCAAAGAAGGAAAGACAGAAAAACAGCUGACCCUAUCACUGAAGGCAAAAUAAGGCCACUUGGUGUGUCUGUCUCUUUUUUUUUUAUAUCACUUCAAUCCAAUUACUCAAAGAAUGUGAAAUAAUGAACAUAUUAGCGAGUAAUAGUUGUUGAUUGGUGCCCAUCAUAAAAUGAAAACGGUCAAUUCUUGAUCUGAUUUAACAUCCAUUAAAAAAAGUCAAACUGUUGCUGAAAUAAUAUCAUCGUAUCAAGUAGUGUUUCAGGUUGGCCAUCCCAGAGAUGAAACUGAACCUAUUCAAUAAGAUACAGGAUAGUGUGUUCUUAAAAUCUAUCCAGUAAAUCUUUCUCUCAGGAAAGGUAAGAAAAAAAAAUCACAGUGGAAAUAUAAAUGUAGUGUAAUAAGUCAAUCAGAACAUUUCUUUGCAUAACACCUCAUCUGUUCACAAAAGUAAUUUCAUGUUUUUGGGUGAAAUUUCAAAUAACUGCACUCUGAACUUAUCUGCAAUUAAUUUAUCUGAUGGGUUAAUAGAAAAGAAAAAUAUAUGAAGAAAUUAGAAGGCAGGACCACAAAUAUGGAGAAGGCAGCUAAAGAAAUUCAAAUGGAAAACACAGGACAAUCAGAAAAUCCUAGUGCAGCAGAACUGUGCCCUUCAACUGAAGAUCAGGCAGAAAAACUCACAAUGUUUUGUUUUAAGAAAAGAAAGAAGUCAUAUAAGACGACAUUGGAGAUUAAAAGUGUCUGCGAAGAAGACUCUGUAACCUUGAAACAUACAAGCCAAUCCAUCAAUGUAGCCCCUGGAGAAGGGGAAGUUUCCAACCAAUCUCAGUCAUCAAGGGGAGCCUGGGCAACUAUAAAACGUCUAGUGACACGUAAGAGAAGGUCAAAAUCUUCAAGGAAGCAGACACACUCUGAUUCUCAAGUGCAACUGGAGAUAAAUGCUGAGGAUCCUGGCUUGCAAAGUUUUCCAAAGAAUCGGGUUAGUUCUGGGCUUAAAAUUCCUUGUAUAUGGUUCUCAAGAGGCAAGAAAAAACCCAGCCGUUCUGAAAUAACAGAAGAAUCUGAUUACAGUGUUAAAGCAAAUGAACUGAUGGGCAUUUUGAAUAAAGCCAACAGUGAACCAGAGGAUUUGGCAAUAACAGUCAAAUCUAGCAUGGAUCAAUCCUUCAGCCAAGCCUCCGAAAAAAGUGACAGGAACUCACUUAAUUCCACUGGGAAGAAUGCGCUUUUGGUAGAGUCCAGACCAGACACUGAUCAACACAUACAGUGCAUCGUUCAGUCAGAAAUAACAAAUCCAGAGGCAGUUGCUAUAAUGCUCCAGGAAAAGCUACACCAGAAGAGCCUACAUGAAACUCCUGAACAUGCACCUGUAGCAAACAAGGGAGUUGAUCUCAAUACCACUCUUAGUGCUAAUGUUUCUAAGGACCUACCAGAUAACGUAGCUGAAGCCACAGAGGUACAAGAAACAAAUAACAGCGAUGGCACAGGGCUUGAAUAUAAAGAGUCUGGAAGGAACAUAAAUGGCAGUGAAGACUGUCAAUCCAAAGAGAGAAUAAUGAGUUUCAAUCAGUCGGCAUUUAAAAAUGAUGCAGUAAGCGUGCAGAGCUGUUUAAGUGAACAAUGGAAAUUAGAAGAAAACAAGGACACUAGUGGAGUGAGCAUUGUGAUUACAAUUACUGAAGCAGAUGAUGAGCCUGAUGAAGAGGAGUCAAACCAGGACUGCAAGCUGUCUUCAACUUCAUGUGAACAUAAGCAAAAGGAGAAUAAAAAAAUAAGUGGGAACCUCAAUUUCAGUAAACUUUCUAAUCGCAAAGAGGCCACAGUUGCAGGCAGUGGCCCCAGGAGGGAGGCUAAAGUCUGUUCUCCUGCUUGGUCACCCAAUGGUCUUAGUGAUCAGGAGCACGGAACUUCAGAACAGUAUGAAUUGCUUCUGAUAGAAACUGCUGCUUCACUUGUUAAGGCAGCGAUUCAGUCAUCUAUGGAACAGCUGGUUAAUGAAAUGGCUUUGGACCAUAGUAAACAUAACAGUGUUCUGUAAUGACAAGACCGCCCCAAAAUAUAGUAUGACUCAACAGCAGCAAUUUAAAACUGUUUAGCACCAAGAUGAAAGGCCAGAAACAGUCUUAACUCCUUAGCUAUUUGGGGUGAGUGUAGUGUAUUUCUGCAUGCUGGGUAUGCCAUUGUGUAUCUGUAAAAUGGAUCCAAGAAUAAGGACUCAGUCCUGCAAAGCGUUGACAGGCUCAUGGCAUUGGGCUUUAAAACAUUGUGAUUGUUGAUAGCUGUGGAAAAGGUAAGUUGUUUUAGUGGCUGUAUUUCAAUUUGUGUCUCUUGCCGUUUGGGGGCUCUAUUACGUCACUGUAGAUUUUAGAUUUUCUCCUAUUGUUUACAUUUUAUUUAUUAUACAGUAUCUGUCAAAGGCCCCAGGGGUUACUGAGCACUCUCAACUGUAUUGGGCCUGGGCCUGUACUCGUCAUAAUCAGUUGGAGUUUUGCCACUGAUUUCAAUGGCAACAAGAUUGGGCCCAUUGACUUCAGUGCAGGUUGAGCAUGUUCAGACCCUUGCAGGAUUGGGUCAAUGUCUCAAGAUGCACAUACUGUUUUAAAAAAUACUACAAUCUCAAACUGACAUGUCAACGCUAUUAUUGUAUAAAAUGAGGCAGGUAGGUAGAGGGCAGAUUGUCAUUUGGCCUAUUCCACUGCCCAGAAUGUCUUGUGCAUCUCAGACCGCAUUGAAGUCAUGCACUAAGCACAAGUGCAUCUGACCCUCCACGGCCAUGGGGUUGCCAAGAAAAUGGUGCCACUUAACUUGCUGAAGGGCCUGCCCUGAUCCAUUCAAGUCAAUGGUAAAACUUCCAGUUACAUCAGUACUGCAGGUUUGGGCCUAGCAAGCAAGUUACUGAUACAGAUGCUCCCCGACUUACGCAAGCAUUCCGUCCCGGAGCACCUGGCGUCACUUGAAUUUUGCAUAAGUCAGAAACGUUAUCUCCGACCAUUACACAAAAAAACCCCAAAACCUCCCGUUUCUAGCUUACGAAACUUUUUCCGCAAACUCAGAUUUGCGUACGUCGGUUUUCCGUAACUCGGGGAGCGUCUGUAUUCUCUUCUCCUGACACCUUCCUUUGUUUUUAUAGCGUUGUAGUGCUGAGGCCAACUCAUUGCUUUAGCACAUUUUUAAUAUGUAGUAUGUAAUAUAAAUAGUAAUGAGCUGCUAGAGCUCUAGUGGUGCAGUAUUUCCCCAGGGUUAAAAUAGUUCCUGCAGUUGCAAUGGUCUCCAAUCAGUCUGUUUUAACUUGAGCAUUUUUUGUUUAAUUAUUGCUAAUGCCUUUGACUGUAGCCAGCAUUUUUUUAAUAAGUCGUAGGGUUUUUCCCCCUGCUUCACAGCUCUUCUGAACUUCAGCAAACAAAUCCAUCCCACCUGUGUGUAACUGCAUUAUGCCACUUAAUGUUUCCUUGCAGUUUCAUUUGAAUACACUAUCAUUGGCAUUGUAUUCUGAACUUUAAAAUCAUGACUGGUAUAGAGAAAGAUAAAGAAGUGUUGUUUACUCCAUCUCAUAACACAAGA